GUAGAUACGUACAAGUUAUUAUGAAAAUCAAUCAAUAUAUAUGAAUUAAGGACCCGUUACUGUUUAAGGUGCGAAAUAUUAUACGAGAGUCCAAAAAUCAAAUCAUAUCCUUUAGCUUUAUAAAAACUGUCCUUCCAUUGUGCCAUGCAAACAUCAACACUCCUUUCCAUAAUUCUUAUCAGAGUCACUUUUAUUUCCUUCCAUGGGUUCCUUAGAACUGCAACCCACAACCCAAACCCACCAACCCGACCCAGAAAAACCCAACCCGGAUAUCGAUGAUGACUACAUUUCUCCGAUCGAAGAGGUCCGGCUAACGGUCACCAAUACCGAUGACCCGACCCUACCGGUAUGGACCUUCCGAAUGUGGUUCUUGGGCCUCAUUUCUUGUGCAGUCCUCUCAUUUUUGAACCAGUUCUUUUCUUACAGGACUGAACCCCUGGUUAUAACCCAAAUCACAGUCCAAGUAGCUGCUCUGCCCAUUGGUCAGUUCAUGGCCCAUGUCCUCCCUCGGACCGUGUUUCAUAUCCCCGGGUUUGGGGCCCGAACAUUUUCACUUAACCCCGGCCCAUUUAACGUCAAGGAACAUGUACUUAUAACCAUAUUUGCUAAUGCUGGAAGUGCUUCAGCUUAUGCUGUCUUAAUAGUUGAUAUUAUUAAGGCCUUUUACAUUCGGAAAAUAUCAUUUUUAGCUGGUUGGAUUCUUAUUAUCACUACUCAGGUAUUAGGAUAUGGUUGGGCAGGUUUAAUGAGGAAGUAUGUAGUCGAGCCUGCCCAUAUGUGGUGGCCUAGCACUCUUGUGCAAGUCUCUCUAUUUAGGGCCUUGCAUGAGAAGGAUGACAAGGAUGAGAGGCGCAUAUCAAGGUCAAAGUUUUUUAUGAUCGCGCUAUUAUGCAGCUUUUUGUGGUAUGCAGUUCCUGGUUACCUGUUCUCAACACUUACGAGUGUAUCAUGGGUCUGCUGGGUAUUUUCAAAAUCAGUCACAGCACAACAACUAGGCUCGGGGAUGAAAGGCCUCGGUCUAGGGGCCGUAACACUAGACUGGUCUGCCGUGGCAUCCUACUUAGGCAGCCCUCUUAUAACCCCAUUCUUUGCCAUUGCAAAUGUGUGUGCAGGCUAUGUUAUGAUAGUAUACAUCUUCGUUCCUAUAGCAUAUUGGGGAUUUGAUUUGUAUGGUGCUCGAAAAUUUCCCAUUUUCUCUUCACAUUUAUUCACAGCUCAAGGCCAACCCUAUAACAUUUCAACUAUUGUCAAUGAUAAAUUUGAACUAGAUCUAACAGAGUAUCAGAAACAAGGACAAAUCCAUAUGAGUGUGUUCUUUGCAUUUAGUACUUAUGCCUUUGGAUUCGCUGCCAUAGCAGCCACUAUCACUCAUGUCACCGUCUUCUAUGGAAGGGAAAUACUCGAAAGAUAUCGUGCAUCGUACACAAGCAAGGAAGAUAUUCAUACCAGACUAAUGAAGAAGUACAAAGAUGUACCAUCAAGUUGGUUCUACCUUCUUCUUGGGUUAACAGUAGCAAUUUCUUUUCUUCUCUCUAUUUUCUUAAAAGAUCAAGUUCAAAUUCCUUGGUGGGCUCUCCUCUUUGCCUGUGGCUUGGCAUUCAUUUUCACCCUUCCUAUCAGCAUCAUAACCGCAACAACAAACAUGGAACCAGGACUGAAUAUUGUUACAGAGUACAUUAUGGGUAUUAUAUUACCAGGAAAACCAAUUGCCAAUGUGUGUUUCAAAGUUUAUGGUUACAUGAGCAUGUCACAAGCUAUAUCUUUCCUCAGUGAUUUUAAGCUAGGACACUACAUGAAGAUCCCGCCAAGAUCGAUGUUUUUGGUUCAGCUCAUAGGAACUAUUCUUGCUGGUACAAUCAACAUUGCAGUAGCAUGGUGGUUGCUCAACUCGAUACACAAUAUAUGCCAGGAUAAUCUGCUUCCACCUAACAGUCCUUGGACAUGUCCUGGUGACCGCGUAUUUUUUGAUGCUUCUGUUAUAUGGGGGUUAGCAGGUCCUAAAAGGAUAUUUGGAGAUCUUGGACCUUACAAGGCCUUAAAUUGGUUCUUUCUAGGAGGUGCACUAGGACCGAUUAUAGUUUGGCUCCUUCACAAGGCUUUCCCUAAGCAAUCAUGGAUUCUAUUGAUCAAUCUGCCUAUACUUUUCAGCGCGACAUCUUCUAUGCCACCAGCAACAACUCUCAACUACAAUGCCUGGAUCGUAGUUGGAACGAUUUUCAACUUAAUCAUAUUUCGUUACAGGAAACUGUGGUGGCAAAGAUACAACUAUAUUCUUUCAGCAGCCUUGGAUGCUGGGGUUGCCUUCAUGGGAGUUCUGUUGUACUUAGCACUAGUUAUGGAGGAUAAAAACUUGACCUGGUGGGGUACUAACGGCGAGCACUGCAAUCUAGCAACAUGUCCAACAGCUAAGGGUAUCAAGGUUGAUGGAUGCCCUAUCCACUAGUUCUUGUUCAUGUACAGAAUUUAACAUAGAACUUCUGUUUGAUACUUGUAUAAUACAGCGCGAGAGCUAAGAGUCUAAGACUCCUAAGUCCUAAAACUUGUAACAAAAUACCAAUAUGACAAAUGAUUGAGUAUAAGUUUCGAUCCAAGUUUUAUUGGAGCGACUAUAGUUUACUAGCACA